CCCACUCAGGUCUUCUAAUAAAAGCUCCGGGCCCUACGGGAUCGGUAUUAGCUUCUCUAGACACAUCGGGACCACUGCAAAGAGGUCUGACCCACACUCUGCAGGAUGAAGCUGGUCACCAUGGCCCUGGCGUGCCUGCUGUUGGCUGGGCUGUGGCUUCCGGAUGCGGACGGCAGGAGCAUGCAUGUGUCAUCCUCCACCUGUUGCUUCGUCUUUGUGGAGAAAAGGAUUCCCCAGCAUAUAAUCCAGUGUUACAAACCCACCAGCUCCUCCUGCUUCCACAAGGGUCUAAUAAUCAAGCUGAAGGGCGGCCGAGAGACGUGUGUCUCAGACUCAGCCGCAUGGGUUAAGCGUUAUUUAAAAACUGCAAAAUCGUGCUGGGUGAAGCGAACGUGAGAGGGUUUCUUUCCACCCUGGACUCUGAAGAUGGCAUGACUUCCCCUGUCUCCCCAGCCCCACACCCCACCCCGGUUCUUCUGCCCAGCUUUGCCGGGUCACAGGGGGUCUGCUCAGUCCUGAUAAGCUAUGUUGUUGCACUUUAUAUAUUUAAAUGCCAGAAUCUUCAAUCCCUGUUUCCCUGGGCUUUUUGGAUCCCACAGGGAUUUCAGGGUAUAAACUUGACUGUCAGUGAGAAGAUGGGGCCAACGGGCGGGUGG